AUCUGUCGGUGUGGCAGUCAUGCACAAAAAGUUGUUACCAACCGCCGUUAAAAACAGAAGAAGAAGAAGAAGAAGAAGAGGAACCGAUUGAGAAAACAGAAGAAAGUUGUGUCAGUGAUUGUAGGCAGCAGCUGUUAUGUUAAACAUAUAGACUCGUCUGAUACUUGUUUCAGUUUUAACUAUUUAUGAAUCACUUGUGAAGAUGAAACGGCAGCGACAGCGUCUGAGUGAAGACUUCUGAUGGAUGGUGCAAAGCGCCUGCAGGGAAGUCUGAACUCCUUAUACAGCCCCACACUUCACUCUACCAUGUCUGAUGAGGAGAGGUCAGAGGUCAAGCUUGAUGAGGAGGGGAGCAUCUCACCCCUCCUUGCCCGCCACCGGCCACAUGACUCCUACUGCCUUGUCUAUGGCAUAUUUUUCAUGCUGGGCAUUGGCUCGCUGUUGCCAUGGAACUUCUUCAUCACAGCCAAGGACUACUGGCUUUACAAGCUAAACAACAGGUCCAGCCUGGCCAGCCACCAAGAGCUCCACACUGAUCUCAGCGAUUACUUUGAGAGCUACCUUACCAUUGCAUCCACUGUUCCUUCAGUGUUGUGCCUAGUCCUCAACUACCUCCUAGUGAACAGGCUGUCCUCUGAUGUUCGGAUCCUUUUGUCUCUGGCUGUGAUCCUUCUUGUAUUCUUGGUCACUACAGUGCUGGUGAAGAUGGAUGUGUCUGGUUGCAGAGAGAAAUUCCUAGCUGGUACUCUAGCCAGUGUUGCACUUGUCAGUGGAGCCUCCAACAUUUUCAGUGGCAGUAUGUUUGGCAUCAGUGCACAUUUCCCCAUGAGGAUCUCACAGGCCCUCAUAUCAGGUCAAGCCAUGGGCGGCACUUUGAGUGCAGUAGCGUCCAUAGUGGAUCUGGCUGCAGCAAGUGAUGUGACCAACAGUGCAUUGGCUUACUUCCUUACUGCUGACGUCUUCAUUCUGUUCUGCAUCAUCAUGUACUUGCUGCUACCCAAACUGGCUUACUCCAGGUAUUACCUUGAGGCUUCCUGCACUGGUACUGCCCCCACAUCUGAUAGCUCUCUGUCUACUCCAGAAUCCAGCUGUGGUCCAACAGUCAUCUCUGUGCCCCCCCUCAAACCCAUCAUGGGGAAGAUGUGGACACUGAGCAUAUAUGUUUUCUGGGUCUUCUUCAUCUCCAUCACCAUCUUCCCAGCCAUCUCCUCAGGCAUCCAGUCUGUGGAUAAAGACUCGGGCAGUCCCUGGAGCAACAUCUACUUUGUGCCACUCACCAGCUUCCUCUUGUACAACGUGGCAGACUUCUGUGGUAGGCAGAUUACCAUUUGGCUGCAGGUUCCUGGCCCGACCAGCCCUGUGUUGCCUAUCCUUGUGGUUUCCAGGACUGCAUUAGUGCCACUCUUUAUGUUCUGUAACUACCAACCUCGGUAUCACCUGCAGCAGGUAUUUUUUGCCCAUGACAUCUUCCCUGUGCUGUUUAUUUGCCUGCUGGGGCUCUCCAAUGGAUAUCUGGGAUCACUGACCAUGAUGUAUGGGCCCAAGGUGGUGCCACGUGAUCUAGCAGAACCAGCUGGUGUGAUCAUGUCAUUCUUCUUAGCAGCAGGGCUGGCGACAGGCUCAGCCCUCUCUAUUUUGCUUGUCUAUAUUUUCUGACAGUAGAAAACUUUAAACAGUUUUCCUAAAAUGGUCUAAAUGUUGGUGUUUACAUGUAGCCCCACUGAAUUGUUCGCAAAUUCAUUGUAAAUUGUUUUGAUAAUUUCUGGAAAUUUAGACUGCUAUUUAUUACUGCAGUCUUAAACUUUUUAAAAACCCACAAAUAAAAGCUAAUUAAUCAA